AUGGUCAAAAUGUUUAAAGACUUUGUUUUUGAAGAACUCAAGGCAAUACUUCCUUUUCAUUACAAAUUGGACAGAGAUAAACUUGAAGCAAUACGUGUUAAUAGUAUGUCUUUUACUUUUGAAGAUUUCAAAGAAAUUGCAACAAGACUCCCUUCUUUUUAUAGACCGGAACUAACAGUGUUUACAUAUAUAAUGCACGAAGAGAGGCUGAUCUUCUUUAUGAAGUUACCCAUUGGUGUUGAAAUAACCUUAUACUCGUUAGACAAUACAGAAGUA